AUGACUCAAAUAGAAAUUCACCCAGAACUUACUUCAAAAACCAUCCUCAAAUCAACCAUGCGCGUUCGACAAGAAUUCGAAGGAGAUCGGACAUUUUUAGGAGGAUGCAUUCACAGCGGAGAUGAGGCUAAGAGUCCAUUCUCUAUAAAUAGUUGCUUCCUCUGCUGUAGACCACUUCAACAUACCUUUACGGCAAAUCACCAAACCAGUUUUGAGCGGGAAGAACAAAUGCCCAGCAAAGGAGGUGUAAUUAAGGUUCUGGAUGAACUGCAUCUCAAAGAAGCUAGCCUUAGAAAACUGAAGGAGGACCUUGAACAAGAAAGACGCAAGUUGUCUGAAGACGAGGCCCGGUUGAACGUGAAAGAAAGAGAGCUUUCUGCGUGUGCAGACAGGCUAGGCUCUCAUUGUCGACAUGUGUUUGAUGGUACUUCGAACUUUGCUCAAAUUCUCAUUCACACAGGAGGACGCCAAACUGUGGCGGGGAUCUCACUCUGA